UCCUGUGUCACACCAGACGAUGCGUUGACUGAGCGGAGGAGAAGAAGAAGAAAGCCUCUCCCAGCCAGCCAGCCGUCCUGCCUGCUGCAUGGAAGAGAAGCUGAGGAGGAAGAGAAGCAGGGAGGAGCUGUUUCUGUGCUGAGCUGACCUCCAUCCUGAUGAUCCACAAUCUCCUCCACCCAACACCUCCGACCUGAACGCACACCCUACCCACCCUCUCUGCCAGCCCUGACCUCAUUGUUUCCUCCAGAACAACAUGGAUCUGAAACGUUUUGGAGGUGAUAUCUGCAGGAUCCCUGACACUUAAACACUCUGAACUGAUCCCACCCUCUUCCUCCGUCAACUCUGGCUGGUCAGGACCGUCUCCUCCUAGCCGUAACUUCCUGUCCCGUCCUCCUCUGGACCGACGGCGUCCACCAUGUCUGAGGGGCUGCUGCAGGUGGAGAUCCCAGACUUCGGCAGCAGUGUGCUGGGUAGCCUGAAUGAACAGCGGCUGCUGGGUCACUACUGUGAUGUCUCCAUCCUGGUGCAGGGCCAGGCCUUCAAGGCGCACCGGGCUGUCCUUGCUGCCUCCUCACUCUACUUUAGAGACCUGUUCAGCUCUGCAGCCGACUCUUCGUCCUCGUCCUCCUCCCAGGCGGUGUUCGAGCUGCCGUCCUCGGUGACGCCGACGUGUUUCCAGCAGAUUCUGUCCUUCUGCUACACAGGGCGCCUCAGCAUGGCCGCCAGUGAGCAGCUGGUGCUCAUGUACACCGCUGGCUACCUGCAAAUUCAGAACAUCGUGGAGCGAGGCAUGGAGCUGAUGAUGUUGAAGGCCUCCUCCUCCUCCUCCUCCUCACCUCUCUGCUGCGACUCACAGACAACCUCAGCUGACGAGCUUGGGGGUUUUGACACCCCGAUGGUCCAGCAGCACAGCGCCCCCCAGCUGCAGGAGGCCAGUCCAAACCAGCCGUCCCUGAGCCCCGAGGAGCUGCUGCUAGCCGUCAGCAGGAUCAAGCAGGAGAGAGCCGACACUCCUCCUGCUGAGAACGGAAGAGGAGCAGCAAGAGGAGGAGGAGAGGAGGCCAGAGUGGACAUUUCUGUGGACCUCCAGUCCUCCAGGAGCAGUGCUCUGUGUUACCUGGGUGCAGGGGGAAGUUUGGUUCCGGGGCUGCAGUCCUAUCUGCUGGCGAAUGGGGGGCGUUCCAGUCCAGGAGGCUCCAGCCUUCCCACAGACUCCCCUCCCUCUCAACCCCCCACCGAGGAGGAGCUGGAGGAGGAUUACUACGGGAACACCGUCCACUCCGGACUUUACCAACACAUUUACGGACAUCCGGGAAACCCCUACCUCCAAGAGAAGAUGGAGAUGCUAUCCCUUCCAUUGGCUAACGAGCGUCGGCCCUGUGUGCUGGUUGGUCGGGACAACAUGGCGCUCCCUGCCAGUCUGAUUAGUCAGAUUGGGUAUCGUUGCCACCCGUCGCUCUACACUGAGGGAGACCCAGGAGAGAAGGUGGAGCUGGUGGCAGGUUCAGGUGUUUUCAUGACACGAGGUCAGCUGAUGAACUGUCACCUGUGUGCCGGAGUCAAACACAAGGUGCUGCUCAGGAGACUGCUGGCUACGUUCUUUGACAGAAACACUCUGGCCAAUAGCUGUGGGACAGGGAUCCGCUCCUCUACCAAUGAUCCGAGCCGAAAGCCUCUGGACAACCGAGUGUUAAACACCGUCAAACUCUACUGUCAGAACUUUGCUCCUAAUUUUAAGGAGAGUGAGAUGAAUGUCAUUGCGGCCGACAUGUGUACCAACGCCCGAAGAGUCCGUAAACGUUGGCUCCCCAAGAUCCAGUCUCUCCUUCCUGACAGCCUCCCUACCUCCUCCCACCCCCGCAAGGCUAAGAGAGGAGGAGGAGGUCAGGGUGGAGGAGGUCAGGGAGGGGAAGCGGCGGUGCAGCGCAGCUGCAGCCCCUUCGAGCUGGACCUGCGGCAGCUCGGCGCGUCCUACCUCGGACUGGAGGCUCCGCUGUUCGCCGAGCGACGCGAGAGGGAGGCCGCGGGGGAGAAAGAAAGAGAGAAAGAGGCCCCAGCCGCCCUCCUGCCGCACCUGCAGUUCGCCGUGUCCCGUGGGGCAGGAGCAGGAGCAGGUGGGGGUCAGGCAGAGGAAGAGCUGAUGGGCGGCGAGGCAGACGGGGGAGGGAGGCUACAGACUGAUCAAACCCCAGACCUCCCAGUCUCCCUGUCCUCCUCCUCUUCUUCCUCCUCCUCCUCACACCCCUCCCCUCAGCCUGCAGAGCCCACUCCUCCUCACAGGGGAUUGGCCGACACAGAAGAGAGGGGGGCGGAGGCUCUGGAAGACAGCCAAUAAGCAUUCUAUUGCAUCUGCCUACCUGUAUGUAAAUAACACAAUAGCUACCUGUCCCCCCCCCAUCUGUCUGUCUGCCCUACCUGGGACAGAAAGCUCUCCUGUCUACCUUUCUGUCUGUCUGCCUCUACCUAGGAAUGACAGUUAUCCUGUCUGCUUCUACCUGGGAAAGACAGUCCUCCUUUCUUCCUGUCUGUCUCUACCUGUCUGUUUGCUUCUACCUGGGACAGACAGUCCUCAUUUGUCCCUGUCUGUCUCUUCCCCUACCUCACUACCUAUCCACCUGUCUACCUCUCUGCCCCCAGUUUGUCUACCUUUCUGUUUGACCUACCUCUGUCUGUCUGUAUGUCUGCUCCUUUACCUGUCUGUCCUCCUGUCUGUCUGUCUGCUCGGCUCAACUGCAUGUUAACAGCCUCCUGCAGUCCAGCACACAGGCUUAUAGCAAAAGGACUGAUGAUGAUGAUAAUAUUCAAUCUGAUAACGACAAUAAAGCUUCUUAAUAAUCAGA